AUGCAAAACCAAUAUCAACAGCGAUAUGAUCCGAGAGGGACAUAUCAGGUUCCCUAUCAACAGCAACAGCAAGAUUAUCAAAGUCUUCAAAGAAAAAACACCUUACAACAACCCGCGGAAUAUGGUCAAGGACCUACUCCGCCUCAAAUAGAUCUUAUACGAGACGAUUUCCGACAGGGACCACCACCACAACAAUAUAACCCGCACACCAUUCAUAGACAAGGUUCCUACUCAUCAUUAGCAACAGAUAGUAGUAGACAAGGAGGAUAUAAUAGUCAUCAGUUAGAGUUAGAUCCUAGAGAGUUAGAUCGGAAACUUACUAUUUCUCCCCGCCCCGAUGCAAGAAGUGUUUCAGCAGGAUCUCAAUUAGACGCUCGCGAUGUGCAAAGAUCUAAUAGUGUUUCACCACGUCCCGAUAUGACGAGACCUCAAGGCGAUUUUCAUCAUCAACCAUCAAUCUCGAGAAGACAAAAUAAUUCAUCACCUUAUCCUGCUGUUGACCCCAGAGAAGGACUCGCACCCUCUCGAAAAGAUAGCGGAUCGAAUUAUCCAGAUGCACGAAGUAGUCCACAGCCGGCUUAUCGACAAAAUAAUACUUUGCCAUAUCCACCAGAAUCAAGAGAAGGAGGGGAAUCUUUACCCCCAUCACAACCACAGCAACACAAUUAUCAACAGCCAUAUUAUAAUAACGAACAAUAUGAUAAUCGCAACUAUAAUUCUCAAAGAAAUGCAGACGCAUAUACUGAAGAUAGUUAUGAUUAUUCCUCUCAACAACAGCCUUCUAAUCAAUCUUAUCCUCCACCUGCUCACCCAAACCCUAAUUAUCCUCCUCCGCCACGUUCUCAUCAAGAAGGACAACAUCCAUCAUCACAACAACAUUCACCUCAACAACAUAAUCAUCCACCUCAAGAUGAUUAUUCUUCCCAAAAUGAUUUAUAUCAACAUCAACAUCCUCAAGGAGAUUAUCCUCCAUCCCAAGGGGAAUUUCCUCCACCUCAAGGAGAUUAUCCACCCCAAGAAGAUUAUCCUCCGUCCCAAGGAGAUUAUCCUCCACCUCAAGGGGAUUAUCCUCCGCCCCAAGGGGAUUAUCCUCCGCCGCAAGGAGAUUAUCCCCCGCCUCAAGGGGAUUAUCCUCCGCCUCAAGGAGAUUAUCCUCCGCCCCAAGGAGACUAUGGCUAUAAUGGAUAUCAACAAAAUUAUCCAACAGACGAUAGUUCAUAUUAUGGAAGUAAUGCCGAUGGUGCUUCAAUGCAUUCAAAUUAUUAUCCGCCUGAGCAAUCAGGUCAAUUUUAUGAUGGACGUAGCACAUAUUCACAGGAUUAUCCACAGCAAGGAUAUCCUUAUUCGCAUUCACAAGAAUACUCUCAAGAUCCUUACGGAAAACCAGCAUUAGAACGUCAAUACUCAAUGAAGGGACCGUUACCAAAUCGUCAAUAUGAUGUUGAUAAUUCGAGUUCUGUAAGAAGUGUUGAUGCUACUAAUAAUAGACCUUCUUAUACACCGGACGCUAUCGAAGCAUAUCGUAAUAAAGCAAAAAGUGCUGGUGAUCCAGCAUCUUUAUUAGAAUUUGCCAAAUUUUUGAUUGACGCAGCAGCAGAACAAGGAGAAGAUGUUUCGAACCAAAAAACUAAAAACAAAGCAAAAGAUAGUUUAUUACAAGAGGCCGUUAAAAUAAUAAAACGCUUAGCAACUCAGGGAAUCGGAUUCGGAAAACCCGCAUAUCCUGAAGCACAAUUUUAUUUGGCCAAUGCAUAUGGACACGGAUCUUUGGGCUUGCCUUUUGAUCAAGAUAAAGCAUUUAGUCUUUAUAUGCAGGCAUCUAAACAAAAUCAUUCAUCUGCAACUUAUCGAACUGCUGUCUGUUAUGAACUUGGUGCUGGUACAAAACGGGAUCCACAUCGUGCUACUCAAUUUUAUCGAAAAGCUGCCGCGUUAGGCGAUACAGCUGCCAUGUUUAAAUUAGGUAAAAUUUUAUUGAGUGGAUCAUUAUCGCAAACAAAAAAUCCGCGCGAGGCUGUAACUUGGUUGAAACGUGCCGCACAAAAAGCCGAUGCAGAGAAUCCUCACGCACUUCACGACUUAGGAUUAUUACACGAAAAGAAAGAUAUUCAGAAAGAAAUUCCUUCCAUAAUUCAUGAUGAACGCUUUGCUUUGGAGCAAUUCCAUAAAGCUGCCGAUUUAGGCUAUGCCCCUUCUUGUUUUAAGCUUGGCUGUGUUUACGAAUAUGGUCAAUUGGGUGUUGCAGCAAAUCCGCAGAAAUCUAUUUAUUAUUAUUCAAAAGCGGCGGAAAAAGGGGAUCCAGAUGCGGAAUUGGCAUUGUCAGGAUGGUAUUUGACUGGUAGUGAUCCUGUCUUAAAACAAUCCGACGCCGAAGCCUAUUUAUGGGCACGUAGAGCUGCAGAUAAAGGACUUUCUAAAGCAGAAUAUGCAAUAGGAUAUUAUUCAGAAGUGGGAAUUGGUGUAAAUCAGGAUGUUGAGGAAGCGAAGCGCUGGUAUUUACGUGCUGCAGCGCAAGGUAAUAAGAGAGCUCAACAUCGUCUUACUGAAUUAAAAAAGCUCGGCAAUAUGCGACGUGUCAAGCCAGAAAG